AUGAAUAAUGACGACGACGCCCUCAGCUCGGUCUACAAGAAGAUCGAGCGCGAGCGGGCUCUGCUCAAUGCCGCCAACCAGAUGAGGCAGCAGACACAGAAUGAGCAGGUCAGGGCCAGGAUAGACACCCAGAUGCGCGAGGGCCGCCGGAACAUCCAGUAUCUGGAAGAACGGAUGCAAGAACUACAGAUGCGCCGGUUGGGACAAGGCGUGGACAACAUGAGUAUGGGAUCUGGCGGCUCUGGCGGCUCAGGCGGUGGAGGCCAAGGUAGACCUCACAGUACUGGACUCCGGAACGACAGAGAUGCCCCGCCUGCGCCGCCUCCAAAAGACUCAAGAGGUGGUUAUAUGGAAGCCGGUGGAGAUAGAGGCGGCUAUGGCCAGCAAGACUACCAGCAGGUUGGGGGACAUGGUGAUAUGAUGCCUCCUAGACAUCCCUACGCCCCGCCGGGGCCUGGCACUGGCAUGCCAAAAUCACGUCCGAAUUUUACAAAGCUUGAUCUCAUCAAAUACGAUACUCCCCAUUUGGGCCCUCGGAUCCAGCUUAUGCUGUCACAACUCGAAUUCAAACUCAAUGUCGAAAAGCAAUAUCUCAAGGGUAUCGAGAAAAUGGUCCAGUUGUACCAGAUGGAGGGGGAUAGAAAGAGUCGAGCAGAUGCUGCAGGCCGGAGAGUUGAGAGCAAUCAGAAAAUCCAACUUCUCAAGCAAGCGCUCAAACGGUACGAGGAUCUUCAUAUUGAUAUGGAGAGUACAGCAGAUGCCCCAGAUGACGACAGCAUAAAUACACCAAAUAUGCGAAAACCUUUAACAGGACUUCUCACGGUACGGGUACACGCUGUCAAGGAUGUUGAUCAUGCUACGACCGGCCGGUUUGCCCGGGGCCCGGAAACGUUCGUUGCUCUCAAGGUUGAAGACAACGUUGUGGCACGCACAAAGACGUCCCGGACUGAUAGAUGGGACAACGAAUUUCACAAUAUAAAUGUGGAGAAGGCGAACGAGAUCGAGCUUACUGUCUACGAUAAGCCCAGCGACCACCCUCUGCCCAUUGGUCUCUUGUGGAUCAGAUUAUCCGAUAUCGUUGAAGAGAUGCGGCGCAAGAAAAUCGAGGCCGAGAUCAAUAGUUCUGGCUGGGUUUCUGCGGAUCGAAUGGCGGAUGGUGGUGGUGGUGGUAUGCCAGGCAUGCCACCCCCUCAGUUUAAUAUGAACCCUACGCAGCCUCAAUAUGGCGCCCCUCCACAAAGUUCCGGAGGCGGUGGGCCAAAUCCUAUGAUGGGAGCUCCUAAUGCUGUAGUAGCUCCUCAGCCUAUUGACGCGUGGUUUGCCCUUGAGCCCACUGGUGCCGUACAUCUAACCAUAAGCUUUACCAAGCAAGCCAAAGACCGCAGACCCUUCGAUGUUGGACUUAACAGAAAAGGAGCUAUACGACAACGCAAGGAGGAGGUUCAUGAGAUGUACGGACACAAAUUCGUGCAGCAACAGUUCUACAACAUCAUGCGUUGUGCCUUGUGUGGCGAUUUCCUCAAGUACUCUGCUGGCAUGCAGUGCGAGGACUGCAAAUAUACUUGCCAUACUAAGUGCUAUUCAAGUGUUGUCACGAAAUGCAUAAGCAAGUCCAACGCCGAGACGGAUCCUGACGAGGAGAAGAUCAAUCAUCGUAUUCCUCAUCGUUUCGAGAAGUUUUCGAAUAUGAGUGCGAAUUGGUGCUGCCAUUGUGGUUAUAUCUUGCCUUUUGGCAAGAAGAAUUGUCGCAAAUGUUCUGAAUGCAGUCUUACUUGUCACGCCCAAUGUGUGCACCUUGUCCCAGAUUUCUGCGGCAUGUCGAUGGCCGUUGCUAAUGUGAUUCUUGACGGUAUCCGAAAUCAAAAGCGACGACAGACAGCUCAACCCACAAUGAGUGGCCGUACUUUACGACCACAGUCUGGCAGGACCCCAGAGCAAGGCCAGCUUACUGACUCUGGUGCUCAGCAAGUCGCCCCGGAUAGGAUCAACUCCUUUGGAAGCUUGCCGGCAUCGUCCCCCCAAGCCACGGAGGCAGCAAAGACAAUGUAUUCCCAGGGUCAAACGUCACCUCAAAGGCCGCCCGGUGCUGAUCGGUCGUCCUCUUCAUCGGCGAUGGCUGCUGCUAGUGCCGCGAUGUCUGGGCAGCGAACAUCUUCUCAACGAGAUCCGUACCAGCGUGCCUCGACUGACUAUACUGGCGGGAUGUCUUCUGGUGGCUAUAGCCCCUCAGGUCAACUUGGUGCCCAUCCCGAAGAUUAUGGCGCACCUCCUAAACCCCAGGCCCCCUCGCACCCAGCCUACAACCCAGCAGCGUAUGUUAAUAUUGGCGGUUAUCCACCACAGCAGCCUCAGCAAGCCCAGCAACCUCAGCAGCAGCCAAUGCAGCAGCAACAAACCCCGACCGCUGCGUAUUACAAUGCACCUGGGCCAACUCUAGCUCAAGCACCAAUAUCAGAGCCAGCACCGCCUUCUGUAUCGGCUGCUGUGGUCCCUCAAAAGGCUGCACCCGCAGCCAACGAACCAGGAACUGGCCGUCGUAUUGGCUUGGACCAUUUCAAUUUCCUAGCUGUUCUCGGCAAAGGUAACUUUGGUAAGGUCAUGCUUGCGGAAACAAAACAAUCGAAGCAGCUGUAUGCCAUCAAAGUUCUAAAGAAAGAGUUCAUUAUCGAGAAUGAUGAGGUUGAGAGCACCCGGUCCGAAAAGCGAGUAUUCUUAAUUGCGAACAAGGAGCGGCAUCCAUUCUUGCUCAGUCUACAUGCCUGUUUCCAGACAGAGACUAGAGUCUACUUCGUCAUGGAGUAUAUCAGUGGUGGUGAUCUUAUGUUACAUAUUCAGCGGGGUCAAUUUGGUACAAAACGUGCACAGUUCUAUGCUGCUGAGGUUUGUCUAGCAUUAAAGUAUUUCCAUGAAAAUGGCGUUAUAUACCGUGAUCUGAAGUUGGACAACAUUCUCUUGACGCUAGAUGGCCACAUCAAGAUUGCGGAUUAUGGUCUUUGCAAAGAAGAGAUGUAUUUUGGUUCUACGACAAGCACUUUCUGUGGUACUCCGGAAUUCAUGGCUCCCGAGAUCUUGCUGGACAAGAAAUAUGGGCGCGCUGUUGAUUGGUGGGCAUUUGGUGUUCUUAUCUAUCAAAUGCUCCUCCAACAAUCUCCCUUCCGCGGUGAAGACGAAGACGAAAUCUACGACGCAAUUCUUGCGGAUGAGCCAUUAUACCCUAUUCACAUGCCGCGCGAUUCCGUUUCAAUCCUUCAAAAGCUGCUCACGAGAGAGCCUGACCAGCGUCUUGGAAGCGGACCAACUGAUGCCCAAGAAAUCAUGAGCCAGCCCUUCUUCAGAAACAUCAACUGGGAUGAUGUCUACCACAAGAGGAUUCAACCGCCCUUCCAGCCUCAGAUUACAAGUGCUACAGACACGAGCAAUUUCGAUUCCGAGUUCACCAGUGUGACUCCAGUACUAACGCCUGUCCAGUCUGUCUUAUCUCAGGCAAUGCAAGAGGAAUUCCGCGGCUUCUCGUACUCGGCCGACUUUAUCUGA